CAAAGCUCAGAGGGAGAGGAAGGAUGGACGGUGCGGCUGCCCCGAGGACGAAAUCUGCAGCUGCCAAGCUAGUUAAGAGAAAUUUCCUUGAGGCUCUAAAGUUAAACGACUUCGGAAAAUUGAAGGCCAUUUUAAUCCAAAGGCAAAUAGAUGUGGACACGGUUUUUGAAGUUGAAGAUGAGAAUAUGGUUUUGGCAUCUUAUAAACAAGGGUACUGGUUGCCUAGUUAUAAAUUAAAGUCUUCCUGGGCAACAGGCCUGCAUCUCUCUGUCUUGUUUGGUCACGUGGAGUGUCUUCUGGUGCUACUGGACCACAAUGCUACAAUCAACUGUAGGCCUAAUGGGAAAACCCCUCUUCAUGUGGCUUGUGAAAUGGCCAACUUGGAUUGUGUUAAGAUCCUCUGUGACCGUGGAGCAAAGCUCAAUUGCUAUUCCUUAAGUGGACACACAGCUUUACACUUCUGUACAACUCCAAGCUCCGUUCUCUGUGCCAAGCAAUUGGUCUGGAGAGGGGCAAACGUAAACAUGAAGACCAACAACCAGGAUGAGGAGACGCCUUUGCACACGGCUGCCCACUUCGGCCUCGCGGAGCUGGUGGCCUUCUACGUGGAGCACGGGGCCAUAGUGGACAGUGUGAACGCCCACAUGGAGACCCCAUUGGCUAUUGCAACCUACUGGGCCCUCCGCUUUAAAGAGCAGGAGUACAGCAGGGAUCACCACCUCGUCUGCCGCAUGCUGCUCGACUACAACGCCGAGGUCAACGCCCGGGAUGACGACUUUAAAUCUCCGCUCCACAAGGCAGCCUGGAACUGUGACCACGUGCUCAUGCACAUGAUGCUGGAAGCUGGUGCCGAAGCCAAUCUCAUGGAUAUCAAUGGCUGUGCUGCCAUCCAGUAUGUGCUGAAGGUCACCUCUGUGCGACCUGCCGCCCAGCCUGAGAUCUGCUACCAACUGCUAUUGAACCAUGGGGCUGCCCGAAUAUACCCUCCCCAGUUCCAUAAGGUGAUACAGGCUUGCCAUUCUUAUCCCAGGGCAAUCGAAGUUGUAGUCAAUGCCUAUGAACACAUCAGGUGGAACGUAAAGUGGAAAAGAGCUAUCCCUGAUGAUGACUUGGAGAGACACUGGGAUUUUUACCACUCUCUCUUCACCGUGUGCAGUAACUCUCCAAGGACUCUCAUGCAUUUAUCGAGAUGCGCCAUUCGAAAAACAUUACACAGCAGAUGUCACAGAGUAAUUCCUUUGCUUUCCCUCCCAUUGUCAUUGAAAAAGUACUUGCUUUUAGAGCCGGAGGGAAUCAUUUAUUAAGCUUUAUGAGACAGAAGUUUCCAGUCCUAGAUAUUUAAGUGGACUCACUGGGUAGACACAGUUUUCAUAAAUAAAAUGGUACUUGGGUUGAUUAUAACACUUCAGGGAUUUUAAAACACUUUACAAACACGAUGUCAUUAAUCCUAGAGUAUCAUGGUGAGGAGAAACAAACAAGAAGUAAAGUUAAGAUAUUCUUAGAGACAAGAAUGUGUCCAGAAAGUACUGAAAUAACAAUAAUAACUGAUAUGUAUAGUGCUCUUGCUAAGUGCCUGAUAUAUUUUUGUAAAAAUUUUCAUAUAUUAUCUCAUUUGAAAGGGGACCCAGAUUUUCUUACAACCAAUCUCAUUCGCUCCCUUAUCAGUAACAAGUUUACAUUACCGUUCAGUUGGCAAAAUAGCAGCCUUUGUGAUCGGCCUCUUAAUCUUGGUGUCUUCCCCAGUUCCCACUUCGCAGAAAUUACUGUUGCUAGUUUCGCAAACUCCUAUCCCCACACCAAGCUCUUCAACUUAUAUUUAUUGAAGAAAGCACAUGUGCAUAAUCAAAACAAGGAGAUCUUUGAGUCAAAUUAGAAAUGCAAACAAAGACCAGCCCACUUAACAAUCGAAAACGGACAUUUCAACACUCUCUCCUUGAGCCAGAGACUGGAGAUGCAACCAUGAGUCUGAAGCAACUCCUGCCCUCCAGGGUCUCACCAUUUUGCAGAGGAUCCGGACACACAAGCAGGCACCUGCCGUGUCAGAUGUCAGGGGCAAGAGUACAGGUGCAGACUCGUUCUUAGUGCUUGCCUUUCAAAGUCACGUUUCUGACACGAGGUCUGGUUGUCUUUUAAGCCUGAAGACGAAGAGUGAAGGGAUUGUGUGACGUAGAGUGAUCUCCUGCUGCUGCGAGCGUAAAUGUGUUCACUUGAAAUCUCUCUGCACAUCUAAGUGUUGUUUUAUCUUAGUAUGAUGUCCCGUUUAGUGCUUUCCCAGACUCCUUGGGAAGAGUAUUGCACACUCAGUGGCUCCUAUAUAUGUGACAAGAACGUUUAAAAAAAUGCGUGCAAAGAAGUGUGCAAAGGGAAAGAGUUAAGUUGAUGACUUUGGUCUUUUUGUAUAACAGACAGACAUUUCAGAGCAUUUUAGCCAGAAGACAAGGAGCACUUUGCUAGCAAUGGCUGGCUCCAGAAAAAGAAAGACUUUUUGAAAAUGGUGAAAGUUUGAGAAACUUGGAAAGAUAAGUGUGUUAAUCAGGCUUGUUAGUAGUUUGCAGAAAGAGAAAUGUAGAUGCUUAACCUCUGGACCUCCCGGUUUAUGAGGCCCACUUUGCUUCACUUUUUUGUUCUUGCUAAUCACUGUUAGAUAAGCUCAUUGCCUCUUAGCAUUGCUUCUAGCAGUUAGAGCAGCAGUAAUUAAGCACAAACAAAUCUAUUUGCCAGUUGUGAGCAGGUUUGUUUUAUCUGUGUAGUUCUCCAUCUUACUUAACUUUAGAUGCUUGAGUUUUGAGUAGAGAUGAUGUCAAAUAUUCCACAAGCCUGCCACCUAGACUACGCUAAACUGGGAUUCUCAUAGUCCCAAUGCUGUGUAGGAAAAAUCAUAGGUGGAUACCAUAAUCUUUCUGAAGUAUCAGUUUUACUCAAAUAUUUUGGGAGAAAUAUUUUGCACUAAAACAAGACCUAUAUUAUGGAAUAGAAUAUUGGUGUUUGUAUGAACUAUUCAUAUAAAACAUGAUCCUUCAAAAAAUAGUUUGCUUGUAAGAAGUUGCUAAAGCACAUCCUAGAAUACUGGGUAGAGGUGUAUGUUGCCCUCCACCUUCAGGAAUAUUGUGGCAGAAAAGUUUGUGUUGCACUGACUUAGGCAAUAAAACUGAUAGUGGAGACAAAGUGAGAGGGAAAUAUUUUGCAUGGGGAAAUAUUGUUUCUCAGUCUGUUUAUGCUUAAACAUUUUGUGUUAACCUAGGACGCAACUACUUGUGUUGAAUUGUUUAUUUGUGGAGUUAAAGUUAUCUAACCCCAUCUCUGAAUUUUUAUUUAGAGAACUUAAAUAAAGCUCUUCUAUUUUAUUUCA